AUGCCCCAGACACUGAGUACCACAAGCAUGGUGACUCCCUGUGGCUUCAGCCCCCAUCUUCAUUCAUCUGGGGAGCAAGGAGGACUGAUCUUUCAAGAUGGAAACUUGAGCUCAGCGUCGCUCGAUGCUUUGAUCCAGCACCUCAUCCCUACUACGGAUUACUACCCAGAAAAAGCCUACAUCUUUACCUUUCUGCUGAGCUCCAGACUCUUCAUCGAGCCCCAGGAGCUCUUGGCCCGAGUCUGUCACCAAUGCAUUGAACAGCAGAGACUGGAUGAACCUGUGCUGGACAAGGCCCGGGUCCGAAAAUUUGGUCCCAAGCUCCUGCAGCUGUUGGCAGAGUGGACAGAAACAUUCCCCUAUGACUUUCAGGAGGAGAAGAUGGUUGGCCACCUGAAGGACAUGAUUCGCCGAAUUGCACCCUGUGAUGAGGCUUACUGGAAAAGGAUGAAUCAACUCCUGCAGGCACUGAAUCAGAAGCUUGCCACGCUUAGCCACGGACAGGAAGGUCUAGUCAAAAUCAAUGCCACUGUUUCAGAUAAGCUUGUCUCUUUUAAGACGAAGCCUCCUCCCUCAAUUCAGCGAGAGAUCCUGAGCGUCUGCAGUGACCCUUACACUCUGGCCCAGCAACUGACCCAUGUAGAACUGGAAAGGCUGAGUCACAUUGGACCUGAAGAAUUUGUCCAGGCUUUUGUGCAUAAAGAUUCUUUGGACAGCACAAAGUCUUGUUUCAGUGACCAGAACAAAACAAAUAACCUUGAAGCCUACGUGAAAUGGUUCAACCGUCUGUGUUACCUUGUGGCAACUGAAAUCUGCAUGCCGGCCAAAAAGAAGCAGAGAGCUCAGGUGAUUGAGUUCUUCAUCGAUGUGGCUCGGGAGUGCUUCAACAUUGGGAAUUUCAAUUCACUGAUGGCAAUCAUCUCCGGCAUGAACAUGAGCCCUGUCUCCAGGCUAAAGAAGACAUGGUCCAAAGUGAAGACAGCCAAGUUUUUCAUCCUUGAGCACCAGAUGGACCCCACGGGCAAUUUCUAUAACUACCGGACAGCUCUGAGGGGGGCAGCCCAUAGAUCUCUCACUGCCCACAGCAACAGAGAGAAGAUAGUCAUUCCUUUCUUCAGCCUGCUAAUCAAAGACAUAUACUUUUUGAAUGAAGGAUGUGCCAACCGUCUUCCAAAUGGACAUGUCAACUUUGAAAAAUUUCUGGAGCUGGCUAAACAAGUUGGGGAAUUUAUAACAUGGAAACAAGUGGAAUGCCCAUUUGAACAAGAUCCCAACAUCACCCACUACUUACACACAGCUCCCAUCUUCACGGAGGAUGGUCUUUAUCUGGCUUCUUAUGAAAGUGAAAGCCCAGAGAACCAAGUAGAAAAAGAGAGGUGGAAGUCUUUAAGAUCUACUAUUUUAGGAAAGACUUGA